AUGACUAAAUAUUUUAUUUCUAUAGGUGGUGGUCAUUUUAGUGGUAUUCACGCCAUUACGAAAACAAUAAAACACAAGUUAGGUAAAAUAUUUCCUAAUUAUAAAAUAACAAUAAUAGAUUUAGAUGAGCUAAGAUCAAACGAGCCAACCACGAUGACUUAUACGGAUAAAGACAUAGAUUUUAUUAAAUUAUACAAAUCAUUAACAGAGCCAAAUGAUACCAUUUUUGAUGAAGCUGAGAUUAUAUUAAUAUGUGGUGUUUAUGCUCUAUAUAACCCAGAUAUCAAUCGUAUAGCUGAUUUAAAGAUAUUCAUGGAUAGCGAUAGUGAUACUAGGUUGAUUAAUUUAAUUCAAAGAAGUAGAAGAUCUAUAUCCUCUGGAAAUCCCAAUCAAACUGAAAGAGAAAACAUUUCUAAACAAGACGCUAUUGAUCUAGAAAAAGCCGUUAAUUUGUAUUUAAACCACUUGAGACCAGAAUGGUCACAAUAUAUCGAACCUAGUAGAAGUAAUGCAGAUAUGAUUGUACCAAUUUCUGUCUCUAAAGAAACGAUGAUUAUUAAUGACGACACUGGUAACAGCGUUGGGAGUAACAAUACACAGGAAGCUGCCUGUAUGAUAUUUGUGGAUGGUAUAGUCAGAAUUAUAGAAGACAAUGAAGGAAGAAGAAAUAAUGAAAGUAAUGACAGUGGUGACAGUAGUACUGGUAAUCACAAUAAUAGUAUAUUAAACAAACAAAGACAAUCUUCUAUGAUAUUUCCUAAAUUAGAUUUCCAAAGGGAAAGAUUGUUGGUUGAGCAAUCCCGGUAUUUAGAUAUGAGCUAA